UACGGUUCUGGAAAACAUGGAAAUUAAUUUGGAUCUUGCCUACAACUGCAGCUGGUCACACUGGAGAGAAGAACAACAACAUUUGGGCUGCGCGACGAAGUGCACGAAAAAAUUUUCGUUCGUGAAAUUAUUAUAAAUUGACAAAUUGGCAAAAUUCUCCGUCGGCCAAAAAAUUAAACAAAAAACUCGUCAGUAGUCACGUGGUUGCGUCGGUUUGAGCUAAUUUCGAUCUGUGUUCGUGCUCCCGUCUAUAUCCAACACGGAUUAUAUAUAGACAAAGAAGUCCAGUUAACGUUACGCAAUUGAAAGUGUGUUUGUGAACGUACGGGAGUGUUUGUGUGUGUGUGUAAUCCGCCCGCCUGCCCCUCUCUGCAGUCGGACAAAAUGCAGCACGAUCUCUAUCGAUGGGCGUCCACAAGUCAUCAGUAAAUUAAAACCAAAGAAAGGGAGACGCUAGUGAGUGAACGGCACAGCAAAGCACGCGAAGGAACGGGCCAAAAGAAGAGCCAGAGAGAACAUCAGCUGGAUAGGCUUCGACACCUCGAAUUCGGACUCCGAUCGGGGGACUCGACUCGGUCCCAACAUGGCCGCCGCGCACAGCCACCACAACGCCAACCUCCUAAGCUCGGACAUCUCGCGGCGCAAUCCGCAGGAUGAAUACGAGCUCAUUCAGAAGAUUGGCUCCGGCACCUACGGCGACGUAUACAAGGCGAAACGAAUACAGAGCAAUGAGCUGGCCGCCAUCAAGGUCAUCAAGCUGGAGCCCUCCGAUGACAUACAGAUCAUCCAGCAGGAGAUCAUAAUGAUGCGCGACUGCCGGCACCCGAACAUCAUCGCCUACUACGGGUCGUACCUGCGGCGGGACAAGCUCUGGAUCUGCAUGGAGUUCUGCGGCGGCGGGAGCCUGCAGGACAUCUACCAGGUGACGGGACCGCUAUCCGAGAACCAGAUCGCCUACAUGUGCCGCGAGACGCUCAAGGGCCUGGAGUACCUGCACUCCAUGGGCAAGAUGCACCGCGACAUCAAGGGCGCCAACAUCCUGCUCACGGAGUACGGGGACGUGAAGCUGGCCGACUUCGGGGUCUCGGCCCAGAUAACGGCCACGAUCAACAAGCGGAAGAGCUUCAUAGGGACACCCUACUGGAUGGCACCCGAGGUGGCCGCCGUGGAGCGCAAGGGCGGCUACAAUCAACUAUGUGAUAUUUGGGCCUGUGGCAUCACGGCAAUCGAGCUUGCUGAACUGCAGCCACCGAUGUUCGAUCUGCAUCCGAUGCGAGCCCUGUUCCUGAUGUCGAAGAGCGGCUUCAAGCCGCCCACACUGGGCAACAAGGACAAGUGGAGUCCCACAUUCCACAACUUCAUCAAGACGGCGCUGACGAAGAACCCCAAGAAGCGACCCACCGCCGAGCGCCUGCUGCAGCAUCCCUUCGUCCAGUGCGAGAUGUCGCUGCGGGUGGCCAAGGAGCUGCUCCAGAAGUACCAGAGUCCCAAUCAGCAGUUCUACUACUAUCUCGACGGCGAGGAGGAGACGGUGGCCAGUGUUCCGCAGCGGAUACCCAGCAAGAUGACAUCACGCACCAAUGGAGUUCCAGCCCAGAAUCACACGCUGAAAACAGCCAUGACGACAAACUCCAUGUGGAACGAGCGAUCCUCUAGUCCCGAGACGUUACCCAGCGACAUAGCCACUCUGCCAUUGCACGACACGGGAUUGAAAGAUUCCAUCGGCCCCGAGUGCAGCUGCUCCUCCCACAACGGGAUAGUUGGCGUAGGAAGAGGUGGAGGAGGAGUAGCAGGAGGAGGCGGAGGUGGAGGUGGAGGCGGGGCAAACGGUAGCAGCAGCGGAGGCGGUGGCAGUGCCCAAUAUGGAGCCGGAGUCGCAGUCGGAGUCGGAGGAGGCAAUCAUCACCAGCAGCCCCACACCCACACCCACCAUCAUCAUUAUCAUCAACUGCAGCAGCAGCAACAGCAGCAUCCACAGCCACAGCUACAACCACAGCAAGCACAUCAGCAAUCGCAUCAGCAUCCACAGCAUCAGCAUCUCCAUCAGCUCCAUCAGCAGCAAUCGACCACCGCUUUGACAUCGUCCAGCACCAGCAGCGCCUUGGCCACCUCGGCGGCCCACAAUCCCAAUUGCAACUCGAACCCCAUCAGCUCCUCCGCCUCGCUGGCCUCGAUGCCGGAUCUGAGCUCCUAUCUGGGCCUGGGCCUGGGCAUGGGCGUGGGAAUGGGCAUGGGCCUGGGCCUGGGAUUCUCCAAUCUCCGCACCACGAGCAUUGGCGAUGGGGACGACGACGGCCUGGUGGAUGUUGACAUUGCCAUGAAUAACGCUGCUCCAACGACCUCGGCUGCUGCCGCCGCCGUCCCAGGUUCAGGUUCGGGAGCGGGCACGGUUACUGGGUCCGGCUCUGGGUGCUCCGCCUCUGCCGCGCAUUACCUGAGGCACAGCAGCAAUUAUCGCUCCGCUGCGGCUGCGCAGGCGUCUCAGACCGCCCAUCCUGCCCCCUCGCCGGCGUCUGCGAAUCCGAACGCGAACGGGCAUGGGAACGGUCAGGGCCAGGGCCAGGGCCAUGGCCACGGCCACGGGUUGAUCUCAUCCAGCAUAUCGUCCUCCGCGUCAUCAGCUUCGUUUUAUAAUCGCCUACUACUCCUCGAUAAUUCCAGCGGCGAUGCAGUUGGCGGCAGCGGCGGAGGUGGAGGCGGCGGCGUCGCCGGCGGCAGCUGCGGUGUCGGUGCCACCAACGGUGUCGAGGCCGAUGCCACACCCCCGCCUGUGACGCAAUCGAUCGGCGACGGCUUCAUGCAUUCCAGCUGCCCCACGGCCAGCCUCGGAGCAGCGGCGGCGGCCGACGACGCUGCGGCCAGCAGCUCCUCGCAUCUCUACCAGAAUCUGCUAAGGAGCAGCUCUGGAGAGACACCCGGCAGUGGAGCGGCGGGCUCCUCAGCGGGCACCAACUGUGAUUACCGGCACGAGAGCAACCAGAAUGGGCUGGAAGACUCGCCGCGGCGGCAUAGCUCCAUGGACCAGUUGAUCGGUCUGCUCAAUGACAUGGGAAAGUCUUCGCGGACACGCAGCCUCAGCGAUGGUGGCACCCAGGACGACGAAGAAGUGGAGAAGGAGGCGCAACCCGAUCUGCUGAACAACACACCUCCUGUGCCGCCGAAGCGUUCGCACAAGCGUCGCCACACGCCGCCCAGGCCCAUCUCCAACGGACUGCCGCCCACACCCAAGGUGCAUAUGGGCGCCUGCUUCUCGAAGAUAUUCAAUGGCUGCCCCCUGCGAGUGCACUGUACCGCCUCGUGGAUCCAUCCAGAGACGCGGGACCAGCACCUGUUGAUCGGCGCCGAGGAGGGCAUCUACAACCUGAAUAUGAACGAGCUCCACGACGCGGCCAUCGACCAGCUGUUCCCGCGCCGCACCACCUGGCUGUAUGUGAUCAAGGACGUCCUAAUGAGUCUGUCUGGCAAGUCCUGCCAGCUGUACAGGCACGAUCUGGUGGCUCUGCAUUCCAAGCAGACGGUACGAUUCUCGCUGCACAUGAACAAGAUCCCCGAGCGGCUGGUGCCCAGGAAGUUUGCCCUCACCACCAAGGUGCCAGACACAAAGGGCUGCACCCAGUGCUGCGUUACAAGGAACCCCUACAACGGAUACAAGUAUCUGUGCGGGGCGACGCCCAGCGGCAUCUUCCUGAUGCAGUGGUACGAUCCGCUGAACAAGUUCAUGCUGUUGAAGCAGUGCGAGUGGCCGGCCAUCAGCAUCCUGGGCGGAGGUCACGGCUGCGUUCAGAACGGACACACGCCCGUCUUCGAGAUGAUCAUCACGCCGGAGCUGGAGUACCCCAUUGUGUGCACGGGAGUGCGCAAGGCGAUGAACGGCUGCCUCAAGCUGGAGCUGAUCAACAUGAACAGUGCCAGCUGGUUCCACUCGGAGGACCUGGAGUAUGACGCCAUGGCCACGAUGGUGCCGCGACGCGACCUCCUGAAGGUGGUGCGUGUGCACCAGGUGGAGAAGGACGCCAUUCUCGUCUGCUAUGGCAAUGUGAUGCAGGUGGUCACGCUCCAAGGCAACCCCAAGCAGCACAAGAAGAUGGUAUCGCAGCUUAACUUUGACUUUAACGUAGACAGUAUUGUUUGCUUACCAGACAGCGUUUUGGCAUUCCACAAGCACGGCAUGCAGGGGAAGUCGCUGCGCAAUGGUGAGGUGACGCAGGAGAUCAAGGACAUGAGUCGCACCUACCGGCUGCUGGGCAGCGACAAGGUUGUUGCCUUGGAGAGUCAGCUGCUUAGGACUGGCUCCCUGGGCAGUGAGGAGGGACACGAUCUGUACAUUUUGGCCGGCCACGAGGCCAGUUACUAGGCGCCCGCAUAAUCCACUUGUUAUAUUUUAAAUAUAAUACGCUACACAAUACGUUUUAAUGGCAAGCAGGCGCCGUCGUCGUCGUCGUCAACUAAUAACUGUAAUUUAAUUACUCGUAGAACUAAGAAUUGGAUUACUGAUGAUAGAUGGAUGGUAUAUGAUAGACGAUAGAUGAUAGAUGAUAGAGCCACUUACAUACACUUACAUGUCGAGAGUUCGAUAGCUACUUAGCGCAAUUUUAUCGCACGUAGAGGCAGCAUCCAUACGCAAGAGAUCCCACACAACCAAUACACAGAAGAGUCUUAAUCCCAAUUCAUUGCGCUAUUCUUUGCCGAUACACUCGAUAUAAAUACAUACAAUACAUACAUUAGAUACUCGUAAGUCUCACAGUCUGCGUCUGCUACGUUGAUUCCGUUGUAGUUCUAUUUUUGUAUUACAAAGAAAUGCUUUAAUUUAUACAACUAACUUUAAUGACCUACCCUACGGUAAUCAAUAGUUAUGUUAGAGAUUUGUGUACACGUUUCACAAAGCCAAUAAAUACGUUUAUAAAUAGUCAGCUACGGGCGAAAGCAACAGAAUCCAAUUAUACAUAUUUAUAAACACGCAAUUAUAUUUACAUACAUACAUUACGAGAUCCACUAAGGCAAUUAGAAACUAAUAAAUAUUACAUAGUCUUUAGCAAUUGUAAAUCGCAAUGUUUUUAGGUGGUUAAAUCUGCUUUUGAAUUGGCUCAAUAACGAAAUUGGUAGGAUUCGAUGCGAUCUGUUGCACAUCGUGAGAAGGGUAUGAAUGAAUGACGAGUAUUUAGGAAUGCAAAGCAGAUACGGUUUGUUGGGAAACAAAAAUAGAAAUUAAGACUUUUCUAAACUAAUAACACACAGAAAUUACAUGCAAAUUGAACAUAUAAACUAAAUGGCUGAAACGGCCCCUUUCUGUAUUGUGUGUUAAACUGAUUGUCGUAGUCACGUUUUUAGGCUAUACGAAAUCAAAAAAGAAAACUUUCCGAACAGCACAUUACGUCUUCAGUUGUAAAAAUAUUCUCUAGAUCUUAAGUUAUUUAGUUCUUAUGACAAAGCGUAAAACCGAAAAUUAUAAACUAAUACAAAAAAAA